AAAGACACUGACAUGCUUAAAGUUUUCAGCCCAGCAGUUUAGCUCACACACAAGACCAGUCUCUGUUAGAUUAAGAAUUUGCUGGAGAAUGGAUUCCUACAGACCAGUCAUCUCAUUUAUUAUUUUAAUCUCCUUCCAUGUGGGAUGUUCACUGCGCUGUGCCUGCACUGAAGAUUUAACACAUUGCACAAGUAUUCAUAACAUGCAAGCCAACUUCAAAACUGCCCAACAGUUCUGCAUGGAAAAUGGAGGUAAAUUGCUGACAGAAACGAGUACAAUUAUCGAGAGUUUGCUUUUCAACAAAUCAGGACACUACUGGAUUGGAGAAAAAGGCAGAUGCUUAAGCAGCAGGAAACAUUCUCGAGGUGAUUCUGUGACUCUGAACAGAGGAGAGGAAGAUGUGGAAUGUUCCUCGCGUUGCAUAUCGGUUUCUAAUAACAGGACGUUGACCGAACAUUUGUGUGAGAAACAAACUGACGGCUUUUUGUGUGAUGGCAUUCAAUGGGAAACCUGCUGGAAGGAUCAAUCAAUGGAAGUGCAAAUUCUGAAUAAUAAAGGCUGUGGAAGUUUACCGUGCGAAAACUUGUGCACGCAGAUUCCCAGAGGCCACAUGUGUGGCUGCUAUAAAUCUUUCAGGCCAAGCAGGGAAAAUCCUAAACGUUGUGAGUUCUACUGUGAGUCUAAACCAUGCAAAAUGCCUUGCUCCUCGUGUGAGUGUCCUGAUGGCUUCAUCAAAGACGAGACCUGGUGCACAGAUUUAGAUGAAUGCAUGUCAAAUCACAACAACUGUGAGCAAAAUUGCACAAACACAUUUGGAAGUUACAAAUGUUCUUGUCAGGAGGGGUUUAUGCUGGAAAAGAAAUACAAAUGUGUUCCACUUAUAAAUCCUACUCCAAUAACUGCUUCGUUUUUUACACCAUCUGUAAAUUACACAAUGAGUCAUGCAGCUUUUUCAAAUCCAGCAGAGUAUAUAUGUCUAACAAUGUUAAUAGUGAUGGUUAUACUUGCUGUGAUAGGAGUUUGGUAUUUUUAUUCACGAAAAAUGUAGCUGUGCAUUUAUAAGAUCCAGAUGACUACAUGUUUCAAGAGGUACUGCAUCUAUAAAAUCUUCUUAUCUUACUGUCUCAUGACAUAAUAACUUCUUAAGAGACAUUGUAUUACUUUUAGUCAAUGUAAGUUGCAUGUUGGAGCAUGUCAUUUAUUUCUUACAUUAAUGAAUUUAUUUCAAUGUAAAUAUAUACUGAUGGUUGGAUUUACACAUAAAUUGCAAAUUGUUUACCUGCAGUGAUUUAUAACUGUGUGGUGGAAAAAAAUGUGGCAAAGACACUUUAUUAUAAAAUGGCCUUUUUAAUAUGAGAAUGAGAACCAAGUACUUUUAAAGUGUUUGGUAUUAUGUCUACUUAACUAUCAAAAAUUGUUAAAAACAGAAAAUGCAGAAGGAUGUUUACAUGUUGUUUUAAAAUUUUAUAUGCAAAACGUAAAAAAAAAAGUGUUGCAUGAAUGAUAACAAUAAAAAAUGCUA